CAAACCGAUGACGUCACAACGGGAGAGAGAGAUGUAACACAAUUAGGCGGGAAAUGGAAUGAAAAACGAGUAUUCUGGUGGAAUCUGAGGAUUUAAUGUCUGAUGAGUAGAUAAUGGUGGUCAAAAAUGGAUAAUCCUCUUUCCCAUUUUAUUUUUAUGCAUUUUCUAAUGGGAUGGUUAGCGCUCGUUGCCGAAGUUAAUACGGUUGUUGGGAAACCAGGCGAUAUUCCUAGUUAUUACAGAAACCAGCACAUCGAAGAGUUAUCUGGAGAUGGUGUAGAUGAGUUAAGUAGCAAUAUAGAAGCAAGUCUUCACGCUACAGUUCCUGUUAUUUAUUCUUCACUUUCUCCUAUCCAUUCUUUAGAAGUUCAGUCGGAUAGUUAUUUUAUUUCUUCUACAAAAUUCGAAACGGAUAUGAUUAUGUCUCCUACUCUAGCCAUAUUUUCCAGCAUUGAUUACUCUAUAGAAAACUCGUCGGAUAUCAAUUUAAAUGGAUGGCAAGUGACCCAAUUCUCCUUGCCCUAUCCUGGCCCUUCUUCUUUAGUUAACACUUUAAUUUUCCAACCUUCUAUUGUCCAACCUACUCCAACAGUUGAGGAGAGUAGUACAAAUUUACUUGAAAGUAGCAAACUCAGGGAAAAAAGUUGGUGGGAAAUAGUCGAUGAAGUGCCGAUUACUUCUCAAGAAUCGCAAUUUUCUUCGCCACUGCCUUCGAUUGACGAGAGCUCAUUUAAAUCUCUACACUACACAUCAGUGCCAUUUCAAUCAAAAUUACUUUCAUCAGAUAUUCAAUCCUCGACAAUGAUACCCGAUUUUUCCACUUUAAUACUUUCUACCCCAUCGUAUUCGGUAACUAAACAAUCUGAAAAUACAGAAGACGGUGCUACAUCUUUGUAUGUGCCAACGGAGCAGUUUUUAUCAUCGGAUGAUAUUUAUUCCGGUCAGGAAUCAACUUACAGACGUCAUUUAUCAGUACCAGAUUCUUCAUCAGAUGACUUGUCUGAUCGUUUUAUAAAAGAUUCAAGUGGCCUUAUUCAGUCAUUUGAUAGAGGUUUGUCGAGUCUCUAUACUCUUACGUCCACUAGUCCAAUUUUCGAUAUUGAUCAAUCCUCAAGUGACCUUACUGUUACAACUAAAGAAACUGACUCGGAUCGAUUUCUCGUUAGUAAAAUCACAGAUUAUACUUCAGUUUUACAUACUGAAGUAGUAUUAAUCUCUUCAGAAAUACCGGAAAUUAUGUCCAGCACAGAAAAAUCUACAUUAGUGACAGAUGAAGUACCUUAUUUUGAUUCGAUUGAAAAUUACACUUUAGCAGACAUGAGAUACUGGUUAAGAACAGUGAUAAGAGCAGAACCGAAGAAUCUACCAAGCAAUUUUCUCAAUCUUACGAAGAAACGAUUAGAAAGAAUUUACGAUUUGGCAUUCAAGCGCUCCAGAAGGAUGUCUAGAAACAAAAGAGAAGAAUCUGUUACUGAUAAUAUUAAAAUUCAGUUCAUAAGAUACAUAGCCGAUUGGAAAAAUCAAAGGGUAGAAUUAGUGUAUACGGUCGAUUAUCUCGGAGAACCGAUUUUGGCUGAAGUAGCAAUAAGCGUAAUGGACACCAUAAAUAACGAAGAAUUUUCAAGAAUAAUCUCUUACGAUGUAAUCACUAAAGUAGAAGCCUACUUGCAAGAGGAAGAAGAGGUUAAGAAAAUGAAACCUUGGGUAAUUUAUGCAGUGAUUGGUGCAGCUGGAUGUUUUCUCUUCUUUCUAAUUUGUGUGAUAUUUUUAUAUUGUCGAUAUUGCCACGUCCAUGCAAAAAAAUUGGACGUUGAAACUGAUAGGAAGAAAUCUUUCGGUGAACAAAACAGACAGCAGGUAUUUGAAGAAGAUACAGAUCGAAUGAAGAUAGUAAGCAAAGACGAUAAAGCAACAGAAUGGGAGAGGCCUUUACCUGCAUUACCAAAAACUUCAAAGCAGAAAAGAGAUGAAAUUAUGAAACCAAGAAUGAAGAAAACUAGUAGUGAAAAAAUUUUAUUAAUAACUGUUGAGACACAAACUGAAGGUUAUUAUAAUCCAGCUUAUGAAUCAGAUAUAACAGAUUCUUCAUUAUCUAGUGUGACUUCAAAUAAAUCUUCACCAGAUAAAAGUUCAAAAGAAUUUAAAAUAUAUCAUCCACCGGCGGAAAAUGUGAAAAGUUCUGAUGAAGAAGCAGAGUAUAAGUCAGCGUUGAAAGAUCAUAUGGAUUCUUCUAAAACAGAUGCAAACAAAUUGAAAAAUAUAUUAGAUUCAUCUGUGGCGGAUGAUGCACCCCCAUUCGAAAACGAUACGCUGUUCAACAAGAAGUUAAGUCAUGCCUUCUCGGAUACUGAUGCAGAUAGAGUAGAAGCAGAAAUGCAUUUAGGUAAAGUGAGACAAAAAAUUGGUGAUCUCUUGGAUGAUGCUUUCGCUUUUACAGGUCCUAAACGUAUAUAUAGCAGUUUUAGGAACAAACAAGUUUUGCCGGAGAGUAAUAAUUUUCAAAGGUGGACCAGUUUAAGAUCUCCAAAUCGACAUCAAUACUUAACUACUCAUCCAAACGCGAAGAGUCUUGAAUCACUGCCUGAUGACAAACAUGCCGAAAUAAGCUAUCAACCUCUUUUUACCGAUAUGCCUCCUCAUAAACAACCUCCUACAAAACCCAGAGUGGUAUGGUCAAUUUAUAAAGUGGGAGAAGAAAUUUCAGAACCGGCAAAAGAACUGCAAGAACAAGAACUGGAGCAUUCUCCUCAUCCUGUUAUACCUGAAAAACUUUUCGAACAUCGAACAUAUCCUACUAUUUCCGUUUCUCAAGCUCAGCCAUUGUCACCCUCGUCUCUCGUUCAUCCCAGUUUCCGUCCAUUUUCUGCACCAAUCAUAGCUACAAGCGCUGUCAAUUUACCUUAUGCCACGCAGACAAGGUUCAAAAGUCAACCAUCGAAAUCCAUUAUUCCUAUGGUAGACGUGCAUCCUUAUCGUGCACCGUAUAAAACAGAAAGGUUAGGCAAUAAGCGAGACGAAAUUGAUACAGCUACAGUUUUAAAAUUUCGUCAACCCGCUCAAUCAGUUAUUCAAGCAAUUAGAGACGAACUGAAAAAGUUUAAUACUUCCUUUCCUAAUGAUGAUACAGAAAGUUUUGCGUAACAUUCCAAAUCUUUUUAUGAAAUAAAAGAUAAAAAUAAAGCAAAAUCUUUAGCCAGAUACAUUAAAAUAUCCGCUAGUUAAAGAGUUUUAUUACAAGAAACUGGAGUUAUAAUUACAUUAGUCGGAGAAAAGUAAAGGUCAGAUGGCUCCUUCCGCCUAUUCUAAUUGUCCAAGUAAGGUUAAGUUUCUUUUAUUUAUGACACGCUCUUCUUUAAAGUGGGGUUUUGUAUCAUUUUCUAUACAAAUUAAACAAUAGCAAGACUAAAAAUAUCCACUCUGAAGAGAACUACGUAAAACUUUUUACAUCAGUUAUGUCUGUUUAUAUUGAGAGUGAGGAUAUACAGUACAAUUGUUUGAGAUAGUCUUAUACCAAGGACAAUCCAAUUUAUUUAAAAGUCUUUUAAUAUAUCAUGGCUCUUCUUUAAAUAUUAUUAUUAUUAUACUAAUUGAUUCAAAAAUACUUUACAUACAGUUCAUUCCAUUCACAGUAACUAGAAACAUCGAAUUUAAAAAAGAAAAAAGCAAUUUUUAAUAAAAGAAAUUCUUUGAAAAAUAUCUUAAUUUUAAAUUACAUUGUAAUAGUUAAUAAUUAUGAUAAGGGGCCGUCCAUUAAUUACGUGUACUGUUUUCGUGCCCUCCCGCCCUGUGUAUACAAUGAUGUGCUUUUCACAUUCUCUUUUAAUUACGUGUACAUGGACAGUUCAUUGAAGAAAUUACUUUAAAAGUUCUGCAAAUAUUUUCUGAUAGCUUAUUCAUAAGACUAAUAAAUAAGCCUAUAAGAACAAAUUAGUACACCACCAAUACCAUUAAAAGACUCUCCAUGUAGACAAUACCCGACCCUCGCCCUCUUCAUCGUGUACAAUGAUGUACUGUACUUUUCGCGAUCCCCUCCAUCCUUGAACUGUACAGUACAUGUAAUUAAUGGACGGCUUCUAAAUAUACAUAUACUCAUAAUCUUAGGCGUAUAAUUUAAACUUUUGUGAUAUAUAUUAAUAUAAAAGGUGACCCAAAAGUCAGUUAACCGAGUAAUUUAUUAAAUAUACGUACGAACUGUUUUAAAUGUUUGUAAAAAAAAUAUCUAGGUUAACUAAUGUUUGAGCCACACUAUAAUAUAUCUUUAGAUAAAAUUAAUAUGAAAUUGUCAUUAAGAAUUUCUGUUGCACGAUUAAAAUAAUUUAUCAAAUAAAAUAUUCUGAUGAUUUUAAAAUAUAAUCAUAACCAUAAAAUUAACAUUGCUUAAAUUUAAAUAAUUCACAAACGAAACUUUUGAUAUCAAAGUAUUUCACGUGUGGUUUGUUUAUUACAAAAUAUAGUCGAAUCUCCAACAAUGACCACCUGUUAACGGCGGCCAUUUUUUCAGGAACGUUUUUUUAAAACAAAAAUUUAUAUGAAAUAACUUCCAAACAACGAGACUUCCUCUAAGUAACGGCCAUUUUUUUAAUGUUCCCAUUAGUGGCUGUGGUUCAGAGGUUUUACUGUAUCCUUAAUUGGUAAAUGAGAUCUGGACAAAUCAUACAAUAUAUAAAUAUUCUAAUCUGAUAUUUAUGCUAACACAUCAUUGUAUUAUAUGUAUUUUAAAUUAUUAGUUUUUUUUAAAAAUGAAUAUAUGCAACACGAUAAAAAUGAUCUGGUGAAUUAUAUAAUCUCAAAAGUCUAGAAAAAAUUUAAAGAACAUAAUUCCCGUUACGUUUCAAUUCCAGGCAUUUGAAGACAAAAAGUAAUAUUUUGUUUACUUAAUCGAUGGAGUAUAUAGAAAUCAAUAUCUUGACAGGUGACAUAUUGUUAAUUAAAGCUGUGAUUGCACAUAAACUAAACAAGCUGCAGUUUAAGGCCUCACAUUUUUAUUUGUUUCAUUAUUUGAUAGAGGGGAAGGAACUAUAUCUUAUAACUUAAGGCCACAACAAAUCUAAGUCAAGCCGUGCUGUUCAUUCCUUUCAGUUCUUGUCAAUUUGUGAAGGAAAACAUUAACAUUAUGUCGCCUAUCAAGUCUGCAAUGCUGCGUGAAAGUUGAAUAGAAACAUAUUGAAUGCAUGCUUUGAAAAUAUGUGCUUCGCGGUGUUCUAUGAUUCUAGACUUUUUGGAUAUUUUUAAAGAUGAGUUGUUUAAUUUAUAAUACUAGAAUAUUAAGAAAAUUCAAAUGUGCUUCUUACAGAAUUGAAAACAAAAGCAUUUAUUAGAAUAAUAUUAAAAAGUAAUCAACAUAUCAUAUGUUCAA